GCGGCUUCAGCAGACAGUUUCCUUUCCCGUAGCGGCUGCGGGGGCCGCCCGUUGCCGUGGCGACGGCUCCUGGCCUUGACCUCUGAGUUAUCGGAGAGGUGAUCGCCAGUGUCCGCUCCGGCUCUGGCCUGACAUCUACCUCUUUCUCGGGGCUCGGAGGUCGAGUCUCGGCUUCCAGUUGACCCCCUGCGGCCAAAGCUUCUCGGCCUUAGGCACGUGGAGGUAUUGUGAAGAUCUGGUGGAGGAGACCAGCAUGAAUUGUCCAGCAGAGUGCCUGGUGCUAAGAUAAAGGAGCCAGAGGGGAGUCUUGGAGCUGAUGCAGUUCUUUCCCUGAAAAGGCCCAUUAAAGUCUUAGGUCCACAGAAUGCUGAGAUUCCUUCACAGAGAAUUGGAACCAGAGAGAGAGAGAGUCAUCUUAUCCUUGAUGUCAUGUGGCCUGUGCUUUGGACCGUGGUACGUACCUACGCUCCCUAUGUCACAUUUCCUGUGGCCUUCGUGGUCGGGGCUGUAGGCUACCACCUGGAAUGGUUCAUCAGGGGAAAGGAUCCUCAACCCAUGGAGGAGGAGAAGAGCAUCUCUGAGCGCCGGGAGGACCGCAAGUUGGAUGAGCUGCUAGGCAAGGACCACACCCAGGUGGUGAGCCUUAAGGACAAGCUGGAAUUUGCCCCUAAAGCUGUCCUGAACAGAAACCGCCCGGAGAAGAAUUAAUGGAGGACACAGGGCCAUAUGGGUCCUUCUGUAGGCUGUGUGACUGGUCCCACCACCAUGUUGACCCAGCUCCAGAACUCAUAUCAGAUUUGUUUUGUCGCUUCUGGCCCCUCCAACACCACCCAGCCACAUGCAUACUGGCUGCUCUCCUAUGACCAGGCAGACGCACUAGCAGCAGAGGGGCCAGUGAAGAGGAGGGCCCUGGAGGGUUCUGGCCCACAGGUUGCAUCUGUCGUAUGGUGGCUACAACUGCCCAGGCUUUUGCACUUUUAGAAGCAUUGCUGGGAAGAAUGUUAUGAAAUGAACAUUGUCUCUUAGUCUCUGCAGGGAGAGAAUUUGGCCUCAAGCAGAAGUGGCUGGGGUUGGGAUGUUGCCUUAGGAGGGAUACCACAUGUCUGGUUCUUGUUCGCAUGGGAAGAUAUCAAAAAUCUGCCUGUCUCCCUUCACUAGUUUGCCCUGUCCUUUGUGCUCACUCUUCCUGAAAUCCUGUUCUAUCAGCUUAGGAAGGGGAUUCCUCGGGGAAGGAGAGCUUUUUUUUUUUGUUCUUGGAAGCCCAGGCUGUUCACCUUGGGGCAGGUGAAUUUGCUCAAAAACAAUCACUAUCUUUUACCCCUGUUACCAUAUAGUGUAAAACUUGAUUAAAGUGGCAUCUGAGAACCUUAUUGAUCUAAUCCUAUCUUCCAGAUGGUGUUUGGGAUCUCCUUGGGAGUUAUGCAAGUACAGGUGUUAUAGCGUAGGAUAACACUGGCCUUUAACUAAGGCCUCUGGGGCCUUGGAAGCUUUGUUUUACAAGUGUGGUUGCAUUGGGUCCUGGAGGUUGUGACUCCUGGAGGUGCAGGUUCCCAAGGGCCUUUCUGUCCUGAUAACAUAGGCAUAUUGGACCUUUCAGAGUCUAAAUUAGAAUAGACUCUUAACAAUUGCUAUCAAAUUUUCCAAUUACAUGCACACACUUUUCCCUAUAAAAGUAAUACACAUACAUUAAAGAACAUUUGGUAGGGAUUUUUAAAAUCACGCACAGUCCCAGGGCUCUAGUACAACUAAAAAGUUAACAUUUUGUUAUCUUUCUCUAAUUCUCACAUUGCUUUUUUAGAUAGUUGUCAUUAUUGUACAUUUAAUUUUAUAUUUUUCACAUAAUGUUUAAUAUAUUUUCCAUCUUAUCACAUGGUCUUCAUAAUUAUAAUUGUUUUUAAUAACUGCAUAAUUGAUCAGGUGGAAACAGCAUAGUUUGUUUUAACAAUUUCCUUAUUGCUGGACAUUUGGGCUGUUUCUGAUUGUUCACUAGUAUAAGUAGUGCAAUGGAUACCUUAUAUAAGGCUUUUCCUGCAUUUUGGACUGAACGGUAAGAACAGCAAAUGGCAUUUUGGAUGAAAUGGGAUGAGCAGUUUUAGGGGUCUUGGCACAUAAUACCAGAUGUCUUUCCUAAAGGGCUGUAGGAGCUUAUACUAAAAGCUACCACUUAAGAUGCUGCUGGUGAGGUUGGAAGGGGAGCGAGAGCAGAGGCCAGGAAGAGGCAGAAGCACCUAUUGCUUCAUGAGGUUGACCGACUUAACCUAAGUGAGUAAAGGCAAGUAAUGCUCAUUUGAUGAAGAACAAACUGCCUUUAAAAAGGCGAAGAGUGUUUGCCCGGCUUCAUAUGAAGAUUUGAGGCCUGAUGGUGUUAACAGGUGGUGCAGGUAGAAUUCCUGAACAGGUAGAGAUAGUAGCUGUGGUAUGAGAGGAGCUGGGAAGAUGUGGGAGUUAGUGGCCAGAGAGAGGUCAAGUUGGUGGCUUUCCCUCGGUCGCUGAGACCCACUGGGAGUGUUGAAAUGAGCUGCUGUUGCUUCUCAGGGACGAAGUCUGAUGGGGAGUGUGGGGAAGGAGUGUCUGCCAUCUGAUGGGGAGUGUGGGGAAGGAGUGUCUGCCACUGCUUCUGAAAGGAUAUGCCAUUGCUCCGCUAGGUCACAGGCUCGGGCUGAUGGGCAGGCUUCAUUGACAGACCAGUGCUGCUGCCGUGUGGCAGGGCUGAGCAUGACCAAGCCUGGGAUUUCUUCCCUGGGCUUCGGAGUAGCAACUGCAGAUGCCUACAGGGGUCAGUGAGGUGGCUUAAAUGAGCCGGCCAGGACGGCACUGGAAAGCACAGGCCUGCCUACAGGGGGCAGUCGCUAUUCAGCAUCUUCCAGUUUGUGCUGCUUGCUCAGUGGUAUCAGGUUUUUCAGGUUUUCUUCUAAAAGAUGCUAGAAAUUCAGAUUUUCGUGUGUGUAUAAUCUGAUUUCUAAAUGUCGACAAUUCAAUUUUUAAAAAACUUCGAAGCAUGUUAACAUACCCGUAGUGUAUGUUUGAUAGCAAUUGUUAAUUUGACCUAGUGGCUGCCAAUUUGCAAAUAAUUUUUCUUUGGCAACCUAACAGUUUGUGGCAAAUAUUAAAUCUCAGGAGUGGUUUCCUUUGAAACACUUUUGAGCAUCCUGCACAUAUGUAGUGUAACAUCAGCCUAAGCAAAACAUUAGAGGACCGAAAAUUUUGCUACAGAAACUACCGAAAACAUGUCCCCGUAGACUGAGACAUUUUUGGGUUUUCAGUUACUUCAGAAAAACCCUAUCACUGCUGGUGCAUCUCCUCCCAGUGUCUGCCCGAGGAAGGCCUCUCUUUGGGAAUCUGAGUUGCUCCCCACUUCCUAUCUUGAUUUGAUUGUGCCCCCUUUUAAACAAUUUCAUUUCCUAGGGCUUGCCCUCACUGAAUUUCUGCCUCCAGCAAAUCUAUUAAUAUUCUUAGUUAGCUUUCUUUCCCAUGGGCUGGCUGAGACCUGCUGCUUGGUGCUCUAAGAUUAUGUGUGCUCUCUUGCCUCUGUUAGGUGGCAUUAAAUAGCAGGGUUGAUGUGGAUGUGGGCAAAGGCAGGCCAGGGUUGCUGGGAUGAAGCAGGAAGCCGGGCACGGACUGGUGUUCUUCCAUGUUUGCCCGCUCACUUUGGCGGCAUGUGACCCUCUCUUGGAUUGGCCCAAUGGUCAUGAUUCACUGAAGCACUUCAGUUAGUGGAUGUGCUUGAGGCUUUUUGUUUACCCCACCUUGGGUCUCUUCUCAGCCCAACGAUGCUGGUGGCUUUAGAGCAGGUUUACCCUGAGCAUGGCAGAAAUCACUUCUGUUCCCUCAGCAGCCCAGUGUUGCAGUGUCUGGUGCUUUUCCAUUCUCUCUGGAGCCUUUCCUGUGCCUGUUGCUGUGUUAGCACAAAUCAGCUGGGCAGCUGCCAGUACAAGCCUGCCAGGGAGCCCUUUGACUCCUGUCAGCUUCCCAGGGUCUCAGGCUGGUGGGGCUGUCGGCUGAGUGAAACACUGUGCAUUAGUCUCCCCAGAGUCACUUGGGAGCCAGACAAUGAAAACGAAAAAGCUCCUAUCUGGCCUCACUUUUCCUUUUCCACUCUGGCAUGGGUCUCCUGGCACUCGUAGAGUGGUGAGCCAGGGCACUGUGGUAGACUAAAAGUAAAGUGGGUUCUAGAGUCUGACAGACUUGAGUUAUGAAUCCUGCCACAACAAGUAGCUGAAUGACCUUGGCAAGUCACUUAGCCUUUCUGAGCCUCAAUAUCCUCAUGUGUAAAAUGAAAUAAGUACCUGUUUUUGCUGGGUUAUUGUGAGAAAGUAACAUGUAAGAUUCCUGGCAGAGUUCAUGGCAGCCAGUAGGUGCUCAAUAAAUGUUAGCUGCUUUAAUUUUAUUGCCAGAAAUGCCUCCAUUUCCUGCAGUAGCUGCAUGUAUUCUUGUGAUCCUGGUGAGGUGGGGAUGGAGGCAAGAGCCGCCUUUGCUAGGAGAAUGGUCACAGGGACCCUCACCAGGAUCAUAGGAAGGACUGUCUCGCAUAAGAACCAAGCUGGCUGAGAGACUGUAAGCUUCAGACCUGUGUUACUUAGUCAUAGUUCCACUGGUGCGGUCUGCAAGGUCAGAGACGAGAAGUGGGGAGGAAGGUGUCGUGGGAUGCCCAAGAGAGUCACGUAUCAGGAGAAUGGGUAGAGGACUUGGAGGCAAGACAACUGGGUGACCUGAGACGUUCCCCUUCACCUCACCUGGCCUCGGUGUCCCCACCUGCAAAAUGGGGGUACUGAUAUUGUGUUCCCUGCUGAUGGUGUAGAAAGGGUGUAAGAAGAGUGAGAAAUCAGUUUAGAGAGUGCUUUGAAAACACGCAGGUGCUAUGUUAUAUCCCAGUAAAACCUUGCUUUUAUCGAAUUGAGGUCGCAGCCAGUCUGAAUAAUGAAAUAGAAAUAAAUGCUCUUUUAUUCCUUUUCUGUAUGCGGUCUCAAAGUAUUUGGUAAAUAGAAGUCUUUGGGGAAUUAGCUUUAAGAGUUAAAGAGGAGUAACUAGUAAUUAGUGUAUCAGCUCUAGUGGUGCCUCUGAUGUAAUUAAAAAGUUUGUUCUUUUUGAAUUAAAUUCGUUAACAGUAGUUACCUGUUUGUCACAUCCUUUUUUACAUAAUGCAAAGGGAAACCUUGGCUUUGUUUUUUUGUUUAAAAAUUCCACAUGGGUCUCCCAAAUAUUUGAGGUUUUAAAAGAUUUUUAUUGGCAACCCCAUAGGGACAGCUUUUCUGUCUAGAAGGGUACAAAGUCCUUUGUGCCUUUAUACCCCUCUCAACCGUCCUGGUUCUCUUACUGCCAAUCCUGGCUCCACUUCCUGUUUCUAUUCGCUUUUAGGCCUGAGCUGCCAAGUGCGGCCGGAGAAAUUUGUAUAACCCUAUUGCCUGGUGCUCUCCACUUAUGGUUUCUGGGUACACUCUUCAGGUGUUUUGUUUUUUCAACAAGCUCCCUAGCUCCCCAGCCCCAUCCCCGCACGCCUCCUCACCCUUUGCCGCUUGCUCUCCACCUCCAUCACUGCAGUGAUGAAGUCAUUUUGCCAAAAGCGUCUAUAAUUUCAAAUCUUGUCGUCAUUUUGGUCCUUGUCAUACUGUAGCUCUUUGCAGUGUUCUGCACUCUUUGCGGAAUUCUGUUUUGAUAGCAGUACCUUCGCAGGGUCCUGUCCCAGCUCUCCCCUCGUUCUCCUGAAAUGUGCGUGUUCUCCCAGCUCAUCCUUGACUCUUCUUGCUGGAUAGUUUUAGCCUCGUCUGUGGCUUCAGCCACCACCUAUAUCUACCUUGAUGACUCCUAAAUAUCUAUUUCUGGUUGUGAAUUUCCCCUCAAACUCCAGAGCAUCUCUGAAACAGCUUACUAUACACCUCUGUCUAGAUUUCCCACAUAUUCUGAUGGUUAAAAGUGUUGACCUGGGUUUGAAGCUUAACUCUGUAAAGUAGUUGUGUGGCUAGAUAACUUCUCUAAACAUCAUCUGUAAAGUGGGGGUGAUUCUGCCUACCUCACAGAGUUGUGAAGAUUGAGAGGUUUCUCCUAAAACACCCAGCAUGGUAUUUGGCAUACAGUCCGUCUUCUCCAUCCUGUUGCUCACGUCAUUUCUGACUCUCCCUGUCCCCGUCAUGGGUUCCAUCACCAAUCUGCGGUGACCUGCUCCUUCUGUAUCUGGAAUUCCUCCUCUGUUCUCCAUCUUACUUCCUGCUUCAGGCCUUCGUUCACUCUUGCCUAAAUUUUUUAAAAGAUUAAUUAAUUUAUUUUUUAUGGUGACAUUGGUUAGCGAAAUCCAAUGUUUCAGCUGUACACUUUAACAGUAAGGCAUAUAUAUAUUUACACCGUGUGUUCACCUCUCAUAGUUAGAUUUCUUUCUGUCACCGUGUAUUUGACCCCCUUUACCACGUCUACCACUCCCCUCCCCGCUUCUUGCCUAAAUUUUUGAUCUCCUGAAAAUUCUCUUCAUUUCUGCCAGCAUUUUCUUUCUAAAACACAUCUUUGAUGAGAUCACUCCUUAAAGACCUCUGUGGCUCCUCUCUCUCACCAGAGCCUCUUGCAUGCCAUGCAAAAUCCUGCAACACCUUGCCCCAGCCUCCCUCCCGUCACUCCCAGGGUAGAUCCUAAUUUUUCCCAUUUCCUGAACACGUCAUGCUCGUUGAGUCCUGAUGCGUCCGUAUGCACUGUGCCUCGUGCCUCCCUGGUUACCUGGCGAGCUCCUAUUACACUACAACAUUUAGCAAAUGUAGGUUCGUACCCACUCUCCUGGGCAGAGUCCUUGCUGUUCUAGCUCUGUGUUCAUUCUGCUGCUGCAGCAUUUGUUACAAGGCACUGUGAUGGGUGUGUGUCCACUCCCCCACAAGACUGUGAGUUCCUUGAGGGCAGGAACCAAGUCUCCGCCUCUGACAGAGGGCCUUGCACAGCAUCAUUUUUAAUAAAUGUCGAAUGAAU